AUGAAUUGUACAUGUUCUGUGGCUGGCUGACUUCAACCCUGCAUAUAUCUCUAUGUAUACAGUGUUCUCCCCAGAUUUUUUUAUGGGGUAGGUUGUCCUUUGCCCCCGGGCACCUCUCUAGCAGCUCGGCGUCCUCCACCAGCAGCUGCUUCUUCACGAGGGUGAGCGAGAUUCGGUAGACGGUCUUCCUCUGAGCAGUGUUCCGCUCCAUCUGCAGUACAAUGCUUUCAUCACUAAGACCAGCGAUAUGUAGAACACUCUGCAGAUUUACCAGCUGUUCCAUUGCGGAGACGAGGAGGUACCAGCACACCGUAACUUCAUCAGAAGCACAGAGUGAAAGAGCUGUCCACAUACCAGUAAUGGUUAAUGAAGUCAUCAGCUGUUUGUGCCCAAAAGAAGGACAGACUAUAUUGGAUAUGACUUUUGGGGCAGGAGGUCACACCACAUCAAUUCUGAAGCAGGCUCCUAAUAUUAAAGUAUUAGCGCUAGAUAGAGAUCCUGCUGCGUAUUCAAUAGCCCAACAUUUGUCCUACUGCGACGGUUAUCAGAUACAGCCAUUGUUGGGAAGAUUCAGUGAAUGUGAGAACCUUCUGCUCUCUGUGGGAGUUGAACCUGGAACACUAGAUGGAGUUCUGAUCGAUGCUGGUUGUUCCUCCAUGCAGUUUGACACACCAGAACGAGGUUUUUCGCUUAGCAAAGAUGGUCCAUUAGACAUGAGAAUGGAUCAUGACAGGUAUCCUGACAUGCCCACCGCUGCUGAUGUUGUGAAUGCUUUAGAUCAACAGGCACUUGCGUCUAUCCUGAAAACAUACGGGGAGGAGAAACACGCCAAGAAAAUAGCUUCAGCUAUCGUACAAGCACGUAGCAUAUACCCCAUCACCAGGACUCAGCAGCUCGCCAGCAUUGUUGCAGGUGUUUCUAUGUAUUAUCGUAAGGACCUUCUCCAGCGCCCAGCACACGUGGCAACGAAAACAUUUCAAGCCCUCCGGAUCUUUGUGAAUGAUGAACUGAAUGAGCUGUACACUGGUCUCCAAACAGCUCAGAAGUUUUUGAGAACGGGAGGGAGACUCGUCGCCGUUUCUUUUCAUUCUUUAGAAGACCGAAUAGUUAAGAGAUUUCUGCAUGGAAUUGAUAUGGCAGAAAAGCCAAAUCUAAGCGUUAGGUACAAGAUUAGACAAGGACAAACUGAAUUUAGAGAACUAGACGUAGACGACGAUGAUGAUUGUGAAAUUCCACAAUCUAGUUUAACCUGGAACGUUGUACAACGAAAAGUUGUUACACCCAAGUAUGAUGAUGUCCUUGAAAAUCCCCGGGGAAGGUCUGCAAAGCUGAGAUCUGCUAUAAAACUGUGAUACUGCAGUACUAUUUUUUUUUUUUUUUUUUGCACAACUAACUAAUGCUGCAUUCAGAUCGCAAAUGCCGGAUCCUACCCGGUAAGAGAAACGUGUACUUACCGGGUGGGAUCCGGCAUUUGCGCUCCGUUGCUGGCUUUCCGACCCGGCAAUAUACCGGGUCGGUUGCCAUAGCAGCGGAGGGCGCAGCAGGGGCGGGGGUGGAGGCGGCGCCGGGAGAUGAGCUCAUCUCCUGCGCCGCCUCUGCCUAUGCUGUGAAUGGGAGCCGUGUCGCAUCGGAACGGCUCCCAUUCACACUGCGCCUGACCCGGUAAUCAACCCGGUAAUAACCCUUCUUUUUUACCGGGUUGAAUUACCGGGUCGGGCGACCCGCUAAUUCUGAAAAGGACCUUUCACAUCGCACACUGACCCGUUUCGACACGGCAAUAUGCCGUGUCGAUACCGGGUUUUUAGUGCGAUGUGAAAGGGGUAUAAAAAAGCUAGGAAUAAUGUAAUUCAGCCAACAUGAAUUAUUAUUAUUUUUUUUAUUUCCAAAGUCACAAAUAUAGUGUGCAAUUACUUAUGUACAACAUUAAAGUGCUGUGGAUUUGGUGCUAAAUAAAGACUCCCCAUUGGAGCCAAAAUUAUUGAUUAAAGAAAAAAAAAAUAUUCUACCAGUUUUUACAAAAUUCUUGUCCUUGUACUAUUUUAAUAUAUCAAUGUGUGGUUCUGUUAGAUAUGGUGAUAGCUGUACAUAAUUUUCUUAAACAGCGAGUAUAGUACAGUGCAAUUGCCAAUACUUUAGCCUGCUACUAGUUCCUUUGGUAGGUCCAGGUCAUAGGUAUUUAGAUUGGCUGAAUUAUUGUUGUUAUUAUUAUCUAUACAUAUAAUAAAACUGUAAGGGUUGUCCCUGUACUUAAAAAAAAUUUUGGAAAUAUACUAGGGACUAUGAACUAUGGAGAUGAAAAAAGUUUUGGGUGUAAUUUUUGUUUGUUCAUUUGCAUCACACAAAAACUACUGGAUGAAUUUAGAUCUUGUUUUCUCUAUUGUAUAGCUUAAUGACCGACAAAGAAACUAAGGUAUGUAUGAUCUCGAUGUGACAUUAAGGAGGGGAGCAAUAAAGGAAAGACCAGGCUCCUCAAGUUAAAAAUUACUGUAUAUAAAUAUGUAUAUAUAACAUAUACAUAUAUACUGCUAAAAAAAAAUAAAGGGAACACUAAAAUAACACAUCCUAGAUCUGAAUGAAUGAAAUAUUCUUAUUAAAUACUUUUUUCUUUUCAUAGUUGAAUGUGCUGACAACAAAAUCACACAAAAAUUAUCAAUGGAAAUCAAAUUUAUUAACCCAUGGAGGUCUGGAUUUGGAGUCACACUCAAAAUUAAAGUGGAAAAACACAGUACAGGCUGAUCCAACUUUGAUGUAAUGUCCUUAAAACAAGUCAAAAUGAGGCUCUGUAAUGUGUGUGGCCUCCACGUGCCUGUAUGACCUCCCUACAAUGCCUGGGCAUGCUCCUGAUGAGGUGGCGGAUGGUCUCCUGAGGGAUCUCCUUCCAGACCUGGACUAAAGCAUCCGCCAACUCCUGGACAGUCUGUGGUGCAACGUGGCAUUGGUGGAUGGAGCGAGACAUGAUGUCCCAGAUGUGCUCAAUUGGAUUCAGGUCUGGGGAACGGGCGGGCCAGUCCAUAGCAUCAAUGCCUUCGUCUUGCAGGAACUGCUGACACACUCCAGCCACAUGAGGUCUAGCAUUGUCUUGCAUUAGGAGGAACCCAGGGCCAACCGCACCAGCAUAUGGUUUCACAUGGGGUCUGAGGAUCUCAUCUCAGUACCUAAUGGCAGUCAGGCUACCUCUGGCGAGCACAUGGUGGGCUGUGCGUCCCCCCAAAGAAAUGCCACCCCACACCAUUACUGACCCACUGCCAAACCGGUCAUGCUGAAGGAUGUUGCAGGCAGCAAAAUGUUCCCUUGGCGUCUCCAGACUCUCUCACGUCUGUCACAUGUGCUCAGUGAGAACCUGCUUUCAUCUGUGAAGAGCACAGGGCGCCAGUGGCGAAUUUGCCAAUCUUGGUGUUCUCUGGCAAAUGCCAAACGUCCUGCACGGUGUUGGGCUGUAAGCACAACCCCCACCUGUGGACGUCGGGCCCUCAUACCAACCUCAUGGAGUCCGUUUCUGAUCGUUUGAGUAGACACAUGCAUAUUUGUGGCUUGCUGGAGGUCAUUUUGCAGGGCUCUGGCAGUGCUCCUCCUGUUCCUCCUUGCACAAAGGCGGAGGUAGCGGUCCUGCUGCUGGGUUGUUGCCCUCCUACGGCCUCCUCCACGUCUCCUGAUGUACUGGCCUGUCUCCUGGUAGCGCCUCCAUGCUCUGGACACUACGCUGACAGACACCGCAAACCUUCUUGCCACAGCUCGCAUUGAUGUGCCAUCCUGGAUGAGCGGCACUACCUGAGCCACUUGUGUGGGUUGUAGACUCUGUCUCAUGCUACCACUAGAGUGAAAGCACCGCCAGCUUUCAAAAGUGACCAAAACAUCAGCCAGAAAGCAUAGGAGCUGAGAAGUGGUCUGUGGUCACCACCUGCAGAACAACUCCUUUAUUGGGGGUGUCUUGCUAAUUGCCUAUAAUUCCCACCUGUUGUCUAUUCCAUGUGCACAACAGCAUGUGAAAUUGAUUGUCAAUCAGUGUUGCUUCCUAAGUGGACAGUUUGAUUUCACAGAAGUGUGAUUGACUUGGCGUUACAUUGUGUUGUUUAAGUGUUCCC